CACAGUCGCUGUCAACCCUAUCUGCCCUACAUCUCUUGCCUCUCUAACACCGUGUGUCUGUCUUGCCGUUUGCCAGGAUCGGCCAGUCUUCACACUCACUCUCAGGACGACACUGGGCAGAAGAGACAACAUGGCUUUACGAAUGAACGCUUCCACGUUCGUGGGACUUUCCCUGCUUUCUCUGACCUGGAAAGCAGCCUGGGCCAAGGUGGAGGUGAACAUGGAGGACAGAGUGGAGGUGUUCCUUGGGGACACGGCCCAGAUCACCUGCAUGUUCACGGUCUCAGACAGCCACGAUGAUGUCAUUAUCCAGUGGUAUAUGAUCACGAAGACCAACGUCCGCUCGAGGAUCUACUACGGAGACAGAAACGUGCAGGUAGUCGACCGAGACGGGCAGUUCACAGACAAGAUCAGUGUGAACGGGAUGGGGAAGAGCAGCGAGGUGGUGCUGACCAUCAGGGACGUGGCACUGGAGGAUGAGCUCGAGUUCAUCUGCCAAGUCAACGGACUGUCAGCGGGUAACAUGGAGGGACGCACGAUGCUCAAGGUGUUCGCGUCGCCUGAUCGUCCAAACAUUGAGGGGGUGCACUCUGGGAUCUCUGUCAGCAAAAGUAACCCAUCUAAGAUAGGGAGCUGUGAGGCUAAGAAUGGCUACCCCAGGCCCAACAUCACUUGGUACCGUGACCAGAGCCCACUGCAGAACACGCCAGACGAGGUCAGUGUGGUGACCCUGGUCACUAAGGAGUCCAGUGGUCUGUACACCGUCCAGAGUGACCUUCACCUGAAUGUGGUCAAGGAAGACGAGGAUUCGUUCUUCUACUGCGAAGUCAGCUACCUUGUCCCUGGUGGAACCAAGAUGACUGAGACCAACAAGAUCAACAUCACUGUCCACUAUCCAACCACUUCUCUUGAUGUGUGGGUGGAGUCACCAAAGGGGCGUGUCAAAGAAGGGGACACAGUUGAAGUCCAUUGCCGUGCCGACGGGAAUCCUCAACCACCCUUUACAUUCAUGCACAAUAUGCAAGAGUUGGAAUCGGAGCUGAACGUGUUGGUCCUGAAAGACGUGAUGCGUCUAAGCAGCGGCGACAUCACCUGUACCUCACUAGACCUGGACACGCAUGAAGAAACCGUAGGGCACACAGAGCUCUUCGUCGACUAUCUGGACCAGGCUGUGCUGAUUCCCAAAGACACCCAUGUCAUGGCCCAGGGAGAAGAGCUGAUGGCCACCUGCAAUGCCCUGUCCUCCCUGCCCACACACACUGAAUGGUUCAAGAAAGGAGAACAUUUUGCAGAGGGCCACACACUGAUCCUGAAGGAUGCUGUGUUUGACAUGGCGGGGACAUACGUGUGUGUGGUGAAGGUGCCUUCACUGGAAGGACUGGAGACCAGUGGCUCUUUACAUGUCCACGUACAGGGACCCCCAGAGAUCAAGGAGUCAGCAGACACAGUCCUGGAGGAGGUCACAGAUAAGUUCCUUAACCUGAGCUGCCAUGCUAGAGGAUACCCAACCCCUGUUAUCACCUGGAGCUCCUCUGACGAAUCACAGAUCCUGAAGGAGGUGUCCCACAGACAGACAGAGGACGAGGUUCUCAGUGUGGUGAGCGUCAAGGUGACCUCUGACGUCACAGCCAACUGCAACGCCUCCAACAUCCAUGGCACAGACUCCUUCCUCUUCAGCAUCAAAGCCAUUGUCCAAACGACCUCGUCAGCUCCCAGUACUACAGUAACAACAGUAACCCCAGUAACUCCUCCGAAGAGAGUCAAGAAAGAGGGCAGCGGUGUGAUCAUCGCUGUCAUCAUCAUCUGUAUUCUCCUGCUGGCUAUCCUUGGCAGUGUGCUGUACUUCCUGUACAAGAAGGGCAAGAUCCCAUGUGGGCGUUCGGGAAAGCAGGAUCUUACCAAACCGAGUAAGGACAGCACAAUGGUGGAGAUUAAUAAUGACAACACAGAGGAGGCCGUGCUUUUAGGUGUCAACGGAGACAAGAAGCCCCCUAGUGACCAGUAAAGGGUGAUAAGUACAUGGACGUGCAGAAGUGAGUGUGGCUGUGUGAAGGGGCGACUCCUGCAGCUGCUCCCAGUCCAGUUCACUCUCUCAGGGUGGGAUGGAUCCUUUGAUGCCUUGUGGCCUACAACUCAUCUGAUAUGUGCUGCAGUUCUCUAACCGGAUCCCACAUUCUUAGUUCUUUAGCAUGGCAGUGGCUAACAAAGGAGGUAGCUACAUUAUGUUCAGUCAUGUUUAUCAUUUGCAUAACAUAGGACAUGCAGAUCUAGGAUCAGCCUAGCAAUGUUCCUGAAUGGGCUUCUUCUAUGCACCCAUAAGACCCAGUUAGAGCACAAAAUAAGGAUGGUUUUAUAUAUAUAAAUGUACCUUAAUCCAAAUGCCAACUCAGGCAGCCAAUCACUGAAGAUCAGCCUGGAACUGCUCUUUAUGAAGUAUAUAUAUAUAUAUAUAUAUAUAUAUAUAUAUUAUAUCCUGUAUAUAUUUCUUUAUUUAAAAUAACCAGAGAAAAACCUUUAAAAAGACAUGGCUAGUUUUGGGUUUGGUGUUUUUUUUUUUUUGUUGGUCCAGGGCGUUAGGGCGCGUUCCUCUGCAGCAUAGUGGAGGAACGUGAACUAACGCCCUGGACCAGAGCUCGCUUUACUCUAGAGGUCCACCUGCUGUUGUUCUGUGCGUGAUUGCCUGCCUUCAAUUCCUACUUUGCUAAUGUCUGUACACUGAAACCAUGGGUGCCUAAUGACAGGCUUACCUACCAUGUCUACAUGUAUAAAGCCUGCUUCAUCUACCCAUGUAAACCAACAUACAACCUUUAGAGCGAUGUUCUCAAAGUGGUCGUGACAUCACAUAUCAUUUAUCAAAUUCCAUUUUAGUUUAGUCUUUUUAAUUUUUUUACUUACCCUGAACCUAACAUGUUCAUUCACAAAGCCAAAAACAAGUGUAAGGCCUUGUAUCCUCCUCUAAUCUUAUGAGAGAUGGGCCUCGUUUCAAUAUAUCCUUCCUGCUUUACUUCAUUGGAGUGAUGGCUAAGCUGACAUGACUUGGAUAGGUGAAGGGCCUAUCCAAAUCAGGUCAAAGCAGUGAUUUAUUCAUGGGAGAAAGGAUAUGUAGUGAAAUAUCCAGGAUUGGGUUAUUUUGUACUGCAAGAGCCAAUAGCAGAGCUCCGAUGAAGCCAAAGCUACUGGUUACUUUUUCUUCCGCAAAACUGCUGUCUCAUUCUUGUACGUUUUGUAAAUAAGAGGUUAGAAUCACACUGACAUGGAUCCAGUUUCGUAAACGUCUGUCUGCCUUAUUUACAUUCAGCCUCAAUCUACAAGUCGCAGAAUAGCUUACAUUCUUUCACACUUGUUUUUAUCAUUCUUCGUGAAAAUAUCCAGUGCACUGAUUUCCUUUAGUUUGUUAUGAUCAUUUUUUGUCAUGUUUUGUCUGUGAAUCUCUGGUUUAAGUUGGGUGAAGGAGUGUUUGCGUGUUUAGUGCGAGUGAAACUUUAGCUAGUUUUUGAUGAAAUUAAGGUAAAAUGGCUGUUUGACCUAAGGGAGAGUGGGGUAAAUUGAGCCAAGUUUAGCCACCCUUGUUUCUAGGAAACCAUACAUAAAACUAAUAAUUUGACCAAAAUGGGAAGAGGUCAUAAUUUCAGGGAGUCUGUGAAGGAAGUAAAAUGUACAUGUAAAAAGUGGUAAGCAAGUUAGGUAAAAAAUAUUUUUAAAAGGUAUCUUCACCAAGUCAAAUGCAUUUGUGUUACCGGGUUCAUGAUGCUUGUGUCUAAACCAAAGUAGAUCAUUUUAAGAUUGUUAAAUACACACACACACACUACAGACAUUUGUAGGUGGCUUAACUUACCCCAUACGUACGUUGUGCCAAGAGACCACUUUCUUUGGACAAGCUGUCUUCAAAACUAAAUGUUCACAUUAUUAUUAUUAUUUCCAGGGAUACACAACAUUCUGACAUGCAUGUAGAUAACUUUGUUAGAACACUAUAUUUUCCUUGAUUGAGUGAUGCCAAACGUUAAAAAAAUAAAAAAUGGCUCAACUUACCCCACUCUCCCCAAUGGCAAAUAAACUAUAUUUAUAAUUCAAACAGGCACUCGGGCACAUCUGAGCCAACUUUGUUGCAGGUGCAUGGUAACAGUUGAAUAACAUGAGAAAAAAGAAGAAACCUGCAUACUGCUCGUGCUAGCAUCACUACUCUUUACUAAUCUUUACAUAUUGGCCUCGAGGCCUUUGUCAAGAGUAAAAAAAGAAAAAAAAAAGACUAAAAACCUGACGAAGGCCUUGAGGCAGAUGCGUAAAGAACAGUGAUACUAGCAAGAGUAGUGCGUGGGUUUCUUAUUUUUCUCUACAAUAUAAACUACAUGAAAGUCAUCGGAACAGGGACUAAAUGUUAAACUCUGAUAGUGUUUUACACAGAACCCCUCUUGAAAUGCUAUGCUAUGAUACCUAGUAGUUUUCAUUCUACAAACAAAAUUACAAGAAUUAGUUAUCAGUUGGUCAGACUAACAUUUCUACACCAGAGAAUGGCUCGAUAACAAUACACUCCUUAGUUUGAGCUUUCUUAAAUCACAACAGGUAAGAUUCCAAGAGCUCGCCCAUGGCUAUGUUAAAACACAACCCAGAAGUUACUCUUAUUAAUAACUAAAGACACUACAGGUUAGUAUGACAGUCAUCAAUCUUUGAUAGUAUGAAGUCAAAUGUAAGUUCUGUACUGUCUAAUUACAGCCUUCAAUAUCUCCCCUUUUCACCAUUUUUUAUUUUGAUGUUUUUGACAAGGACUAUCAAGUGUUCAUUUUGUUAAUAGAAAAUAAAAAAGUGUAAUGGUCUAUGACUUGCAAAGACUGUUUAACUUCAGGACAGGUGAACGGAUUCCUUUUGUUUGUAAAAACGUUAUUAUUAUUAUUAAGUAAAUGCCAAAUAAAAAUGCAUGUUCAAUGAUAAA